CAGAACCAAUUUACCAACGCGUGUGGCUCUGUUAUUGCCGUUGAUUCAUUUUGCAGCCACCUCAUUUUUGUCCCCAAGCUGCCUUAAUUUUUGUUAAGAUAAUAGCAAUUCUGAUUCUGAAAACCAAGAAUCAGAAUUGCUAUCAUUAUAGCAAUUCUGCCUUGCUAUGAUGAUUCUUGGUUUAUUUUAACAGCAUCAACCAUUGUGAACUUUGCAAAAAGUACAUCCUUUAUUUUGUUUUGAGAUUUGUAUUAUAAUACACUAUAUUUGCAAAAGUUUGUUGCUUACAUGUGCUUUUGAUGUGCCCCCUCCAUCUCCCUCUUCCUUGACAUCUACAGCAUGUCUCUCCAUUUUUUGGCCAUCUUCUUUUUUGGGUUGAAUAUGUAACAAAAGCCAAAGGGCGUGCCGUGUCUUUAAACGAAUAACAGGUUGUUUUGAUUACAGACAGCUCUUCAAAUUUAUGGCUUCUUCUAGUUUUAAUGGAUGAGAGCAAAAGGUGGAGCUUUCUUCAUGGCCAGGAUGUUGAUUUCAGGUUGAUACUAGAUAUGGAAGGUGGAGAACUAAAGUUUCUAUCUAUGAUGAUAAAAAAGAUAUAUGAAUGAACCCUGGCUUUCUCAGUUGCUUGUAUUCAAUUUUGAGGAAAAAUGCGAUUGCUGAUUUGGGUUUUUGAGGGGAAGAAGAAGAGGUUUUAUGAGAUUAUAGAUUAGUGAAGGGCUAAGGAGAGCUAUCUUAGGUGGUUGAUAAAAUGGAGGGAAUGGCAGAAAAGGCUGAACAGCCGACCACGACACCCCGGAAAAAGAUGACGAAACAAUUGACUGGGAAACGCGAUGACACUGCAUUGCAUUCUGCUGCAAGAGCUGGAAAUCUUAAAGCAGUAUGGGAAAUUAUCCACCAGUCAUCGGAGGAAGAGUUAAUAGAAUUGUUGUCAAAGCAAAACUCAGCUGGGGAAACGGCAUUAUAUGUUGCCGUGGAAUAUGGUUAUCUAGAGUUAGUGAAGGAGAUGAUUAAGUACUAUGAUCUUGCGGCCGCCGGGAUCAAAGCAAGGAAUGGUUUUGAUGCACUACAUAUAGCCGCCAAACAAGGGGAUUUGGAUAUCGUGAAGGUCCUAAUGGAGGCUCAUUCAGAGCUUUCCAUGACAGUUGAUACUGCAAACACUACAGCUCUGCAUACUGCUGCAACUCAAGGACACAUUGAAGUGGUAAAUUAUCUAUUGGAGCUGGAGAGUAGCCUUGCUGCUAUAGCUAGAAGUAAUGGGAAGACUGCCUUGCAUUCUGCAGCAAGAAAUGGGCAUGUGCACGUUGUGAAGGCCCUUUUGAGUAAGGAGCCUGGAAUUGCUCCACGAAAUGAUAAGAAGGGACAGACUGCACUUCACAUGGCAGUCAAAGGACAAAAUCUUGAAGUGGUGGAGGAACUGAUUAAAGGAGAUCCUUCACUGAUAAAUAUGGUUGAUAAUAAGGGCAAUACUGCGUUGCAUAUAGCCACAAGGAAAGGGAGGGCACAGAUAGUUCGGAUGCUUCUGGCACAGAACGAAACCGACAUAGCAGCUGUAAAUAGGUCUAGUGAAACAGCCCUCGACACUGCAGAGAAAACAGGGCAAGCUGAUAUUGCAUCCAUCUUGCAGGAGCAUGGUGUUCAGAGCGCCCGGACGCUCAAGCCUCAACCAACAAAUCCAGCAAGAGAGUUGAAGCAAACCGUGAGUGACAUAAAACAUGAAGUGCACUACCAGUUAGAACAUACCCGUCAAACCAGGAAACGCGUGCAAGGCAUUGCCAAGCGCCUUAACAAGAUGCACGCUGAAGGCCUUAACAAUGCAAUCAAUUCCACGACGGUUGUAGCGGUGCUCAUUGCUACUGUGGCCUUUGCAGCCAUUUUUACCGUCCCUGGCCAAUAUGUGGAUGACCCUAACAAUAUCCCACCUGGCCAAUCGCUUGGGGAAGCUAAUAUUGCACCCCAAGUCCCCUUCAUAAUCUUUUUUGUCUUCGACUCAAUUGCCCUGUUCAUUUCUCUUGCUGUUGUGGUUGUCCAAACCUCAGUGGUCGUUAUAGAGAGCAAGGCAAAGAAGCAGAUGAUGGCUAUCAUAAACAAGCUUAUGUGGUUAGCUUGUGUGCUCAUUUCAGUGGCUUUCUUGGCACUGUCAUUUGUCGUAGUUGGCCAGCAUGAGAGGUGGCUGGCAAUUGGAGUGACUAUUAUAGGAACCACAAUUUUGGCUACCACGCUGGGCACGAUGUGUUAUUGGGUGAUUAUGCACCGGAUAGAGAGCUCAAACAAGAGGAGCAUCCGAAAGAACUCUCAGGCCAGCAGAUCAAGGUCUUGGUCCAUGUCAGUUUUAUCAGAUUCAGAUGUUCUCCAUACUGACUUUAAGAAGAUGUAUGCAAUUUAAAGAGUUUCCUACUACCCCAUUCCAUAUUUUCAACUAUGGGCCAACGGAUGUCCUCCUUCCAAACGAUUGUGCAUAGCUAUGGCUCAAUAACGUUUCCAAAGUUUUGAUCAUCCCCACAGCUGCUUAGUUGGUAAUGAAUUACUUGAACUAAAGAGAUAUUGUAAGCUGAAAUAUGGCGGAGAAUGUUACGAUCUAUACAUUAACUUCUAUGGAAACAUUUACACCGACGUUGUUGAGACGCCAACAACUCAUCUGCAACACUUUUCAGUCA